AUGUGUAUCUUCCUACCUAGACACAUAUUGUGUUCCCAUUUCAGGCAUGCAUCUUUUGUUUACUGCCUUAUGAUCUUAAUUUCCCACCCGAUAGGCGGCAUGAACAGAUGGGUAAAUAAGCAACGGCGGUCCAGAAAUCCCACCAUUGAGAAGCUUCAAUCAAUAUCAGCUAGUUCUGGUUGCCGUUGGCUCACAAGCAACACCAUGAUUUACACAUCGGAAGCCUGGCCCUAAUAUGCACCAGCAAGUGGCCUGACUCGCCACCAUUUAAUACGGUCGCAUCCAGUACCGCGGUUUCAUAACAUUUAUAAAUAUCCCACAGUUUUUGGACCAACACCAAUUACGUCCGAACACC